UUGAGCAGCUUCCAGAAGCUGACAAACCAGACUGGUUAGAGCCAGGCUCAGCCCCAGCCCUGCCUGACCCACGGCAGGCAGGCAGCAGCUGCCUGCACGGGUGCCUGCCACGCCUGCACCCCUUGCCGGUGCAGCAGGCAGCACCUGGCAGCGCCCAGCUCGUGCCCCUCUCGUCUGGACCGUGGCAGGUCAGUACUGUGUCGGUGCUGGGGAGGAGGAAAAGGAGGAGGAGGAGGAAGUGGCUGCUGGAUGCUCACAGCGAUGCCCCUCUUGGGGUGGCGUAUCGGUGAGGGUGACAGGGAUGCACCCUGCUUUGGGGGCUCCUGACCCGCUAGCCUGGGAGGGGGCCCCAAACUGUGCCGGAGGGAUGACAGGACUGUGUGUGGAUGCCGCUGCCCUUAAGACCUGAAGCCGCGCUGAAGCCACCUCCUGCCCUGGAGCAGCACCCACGUCCCGCACCCAGCCCUGAGGGGACUCAGGGGGCAGUGGGUGAGGGGGGCAGUCACGUUGCAGCUGCCCCCAUGGAGCUGGCAGCAGGUGAGGAGGCAGAGCCCGGCCCCCAGCCGGUGCAGGCAGCCGGUGGGCAAGGCUGUGCCAGGCAGCAGGGGGAGAGCGAGACUGCUGGGUCAGGGGGCCCCGGGGAGCCACCCCGGCUCUGUGGAGGGGAGCCUGCUGCUGCCUGGGGACGCCGGAACCCGCCACCGAGAGAGGAUGCAACUGAGCUGCUCCUGCCCGGGCAUGACGAGCUACCGGCCCACAGUGCCUCCCUGCCUGCGGGGCAGGACCCUCCUGCUGCCACCGCCAUCAGCCCCAUCCUGCCCCACAGGGAGAGCCCAGCACGUCAGGGCGGGUCACCCAGCCUGGAAACCGCCUCCAGCUCCAUCCUGAGCUUCUCUGGCGAGGAAGAGGAAUCAUCAAGCAGUGAGGCAGCGGCAGAGCCGUGCCACGUGCCAGCAGGCAGUGAGGACGAGUGCCCCAUCUGCACGGAGCCCUACGACGACCAGCAGCACAAACCGGCCCUGCUCAACUGCAACCAUGGGCUGUGCCGCGCCUGCCUGCGCGCCAUCAUGGACACAGCUGCCGGCGCCGAGUUUGGCCGCGUGCGCUGCCCCAUCUGCCGCCAGAAAACGCCCAUGCUGGAGUGGGAGAUCUGCAAGCUGCAAGAGGAGCUGCUCCUGCUGCAUGCCCAGCCCAGCUCCCCCACUGCCCUGGCCACCACCCGGCCACCCACCUUGCCUCCCCGGCGCCCAGGCCUCGCUGGCGCCCUCGAGCAUCGCUUCCAGGUGCGCUUCCAUACCAGCCGCAUGUUCGGGUGCCUGCCCUGCGUCCGCUACCCACCCUGCCUCAUCCACAGGCUGGGGCGGCUGGAGCACCGCUGCCGCUGCUGCUACCUCCUGGUGCUGGCACUGCUGCUGGCAGCUGAGAUGCUCAGCCUGCUCCUCAUCUUCCUCCCCAUUGUCCUGAUGGUGCUGCUAUUCCUCAUCCUCGAUAAAUAGUGCUGGGUUUGUGCCUCUGGGCUGGGCCAUGCAUGGGCAGAGGUGCCCUGCUCCUGCUUUGCCCUGGGGCUGGAGCCGGGUGGUGAUGCCAGCCUGCGAGCAAGCCUGUGAACCCAGGUGCCUGGGAUGCCCUGGUGCUGCUGGUGAGCCCGGAGUGGGUGAGGCAGCGGAAGAGCUGGAGUUGGCAGCUGAGGGAGGUGACCCCCGAGCUGGGCAUCGCCUGCAUCCCAUCAGGCACCAGGUGACACAUCACUGCAGCAGCGAAGGGGCAGACGGAGCAGGAGCCCUUCCUGCACCGGGGGCACAUCCCUGGCACAGGGCCAGGGACCGGAGGGCCUCUGCGGGCAGAGCAGGGCUGUGCGGUGGGCUGCGCUGCCCAUGCCUGGGACAGACAGACUGGGGU